AUGAAUAUCCUGCAUUCAACACUAUCCACCUGGCGUGACCGCUUGGCUCCGGUCUCCCGCACGUCUACCUUCCGUGCCACCGGCCAAAUUACCCCAGAGGAGUUCGUCCUCGCCGGCGACUACCUGGUCUACAAGUUCCCGACAUGGUCCUGGGCUGAUGCGUCUAGCCCUGCAAAGCGAGUGUCUUAUCUGCCAGCUGGGAAGCAAUUCCUGGUCACUCGUGGUGUGCCGUGCCAUCGACGGUUGAACGAUAACUUCGCUGGGGAUGCGGGCCAUGAGGAUGAGAUCGUGAGAGACAUGCUAGCGGGAGAUGGCGGAGAAUCUACAUCGGGUGGGGGUGGAGAUGAUGGAUGGCUCCGGACUGGAGGUGGCCGUGAUGUCGUCGCGGAUCGCGAUAUGCAAGAGGCAAAGAUCCGCGAUGUGCGGACGGUAGAUGAAUCCGGCAACCUGGGGGAGCAGGAAGACGAGGAGGAGAUUCCGGAUAUGGAGGAUGAUGAUGACGAUGAGGAGGCAAUUAUUCGCGAGCCUGCUGGGCAGUCCGGGACAACACAGCCACUACGCACCUACACCCUCUAUAUCACUUACUCUAACUUCUACCGGACGCCCCGACUCUAUCUCUCCGGCUACCUGUCUCCAUCUGAACCACUUCCUCCGCACCUAAUGAUGGAGGACAUUGUCGGCGACUACAAAGACAAGACCGUGACCCUAGAGGACUUCCCCUGGUUCGACGGCAGUGUAAAGAUGGCCACCGUGCACCCAUGCCGCCACGCCUCCGUCAUGAAGACCAUGCUAGACCGCGCCGACGCCGCGCUGAAGCUCCGCCUCGAGAAGCUGAAGCAGACACAGUCGCGUGAGGAAGCCAACCGCAUCUUGCAGGCCGGUGGAAGCAGCGGCCUGGAGGGGCUCGUCGAUGAAACGAAGGGUCUGUCACUCGGCGACCAUGUGCAGCAGCAGCAGCCGGGCGGUGGUGAUGAGUGGGAAGUCCUCCAGGCCGAUGAGGAAGAGCAGGUUGCUAUCCGAGUGGACCAGUACCUGGUUGUGUUCCUCAAGUUCAUUGCCAGUGUUACGCCAGGCAUUGAACAUGACCACACGAUGGGAGUAUAA